AAGUGUCAGCACAUAUGGGUCCCCGAAUAGCUUUCGGAAGCAUUGACUUACUCUGUCUAUUCGGUUCUUUCCAGGAUGCCUCUUCGAAAACGAAUUUCAGACACUCCUGUUCGGACUUCUGGUGCUACAGUUUGGCCCUACUGUCCAGGGUUUGAUGGACCACCACCUUGCGUCGAAGGAGAGGAGACGAUUGUUCCUACCAUUGCCCAAUCCACUUCACUACCGUUACCCGUCUCGUCUAGUGCCCGAGUCCCUCAUAACCGGAUACCUACAGCUGACGGAGUAUCAGUAGGAGCUUACUCCACGGAAACACCGAGGUCCAACAGUUCUCUAUGCACUCUCUUGUCCCAUCGUUUCGAGACCGGCAUGCUAAAACUGUCCGAUUGUUGUUGCAACGGUUUGUUUCGUCGAAGUCAAUCCAAUUCUUUGCAUGAAUCUCAGGACAGACUUCUUCCUCCCCUCGAACCGGAUGAGUAUUGCCAACCAGAAGACCCUGAACAGUUCAACACACAAGUGGUUGAUUGGAUGAGACGACGACUGAUCUAUUUUUUCAUGUCACCGCGAGAGAAGUUCUAUGCGAAGCAGCGCAUUCCAUACAAACUGUUUGUACAGUUGCUGAAGGUGGUUCUAAUCACAUUGCAGUUGAUCGUUUUCGGACAGGAUCGAUCGGCUCACGUAUCAUUCGGGGAAAACUCGCGCCUCGCAUUCUCCCAUUUAUAUUUGCGUGACUGGAAUCCGCAGUACGAAACUUUGGACUACCCACCUGCCUCUGGUCCAUAUGCAGCUUACCAACAGGAUGAAUUCUAUCUUAUGCUAGGCUAUACUAUCGCUCAGUUCAACAAAACCGAAUCGAUUGCGAUCGGGUCCUAUUUAUUUACUUCGGACAAGCCCUUUUUGACGUUUUGUCGUAUGAGUAUCGUCGAGCGUGGACUCUUGACGCACACGGAAGAAACACAUUGCGCGGAUCUUUACCCGAAGGAUAUAUCGGCCGAUUCUCUAUCGACUGCAAGCGGCGUCCGCAAACUGUUGGCCAACUACAAUCUGUCCGUGAAUUUCGCUCGUCUGUUGAAAUUCACAAUGGAAUUCGAAAUACUCUCGCCGGUUGUCACGGAACUAGGUUGGAAACGUGAGGCGGAGUGUUUUAAGUUCCACAUUCAGAUCAGUAUGGAAAAAAUUCAUCAAAGUGGUCAACUGCAAAUCUAUCUUGAUGCUCCGUAUACGGCUACCUAUUGUGAAGUAGCGGGACAUGAAAUACCCACCCGUGAACGAACUGAGUGGCUACGCCACUUUUGGCUCACAAUGUCUCAAACUCACCGCAACCUUGACAACCGCACUUCUGAAGUAUCAUUCAGUUUUUCCACGCGAAGGAUGAUUAUAGCCUCUUUGAAUUCGGUAGUUCUUGUUAUCGGGAUUCUGUCCACUGUGCUUUGUAUUCGGUCAAUCGUUCGAGGUUUUAUCUUAUGGAAAGAAACGGUUCUGUUCUUUCGACACUGGUAUUCGAUCGAAUUACGUGGACACUUCUGGGAUUUCAUUCCUCCUUGGUUCAUCGCCAUCAUAUUUACCGAUGCGAUCAUUAUCUACGGCGCCGUGUACAAUUUGUGGACAAUCAACGGGCUUCAUCAAAACCCGGAGCCCACCUCAUACGUCUUUGGAAUCAGUGCUUUGCUCGUUUGGUCUGGCGUUUUACGCUAUGUGGGCUUCUCUUACACAAACAGUAUCCUCAUGAGAACGAUUAUCAACUCCAUCCCUGCUCUACUCCGAUUCGGUGUCUGUUCCUUGAUACUGUUCUUCGCAUUCAGCCUUUGUGGUUGGGUUGUCCUUGGGCCGUACAAUCUCAAAUUCCGUACCUUCAUUACCACUCUGGAAUGCCUCUAUGCCCUGAUCAACGGAGAUGACAUGUUUGUCACCUUCAGUGUGAUUGGCGAUCGCGCUCCGUGGGGUAUUUUCGUCUUCAGUCGCCUAUUUCUCUACGUAUUCAUUACUUUAUUCAUCUACGUCGUGCUCAACCUGUUCAUCACGAUAAUCUUUGAGGCCUAUGAAGAAGUCAAGGAGAUGCGUGAUACGCGUGGACGCCCACAAGACUCUCUCCUGUUCACUUUCAUUCACCAAACGCGAUACGAUUGUCGGUCCCCCAUGUUUCAACAAGAUGACACACGUGCCGAUCGUAGGCGGUUGCACGACUGCGCCUUAGGAAAGUGGCCAUCACGUGAACCAGAGACUACAACUCCCUCUUCCCCUGGAACAGAAUCAAACAUCAAGCCGAACCGACGCUACUUCCUGUGGCGACGUCGAACUCAAAGCUGUAGUCAAGCGGUUCAAACUUGUCCAACGGAACAAAUUGAUACUGUCAAAGGUCCAGAAACACACUCCUCCAGUCCAUCAUUUGUUAGCCAGAGGAGUUCCUCAUCGAAUCAUCCAGAAGUGCAUCAAUUGUUGCUAGCGCAGAUGCAAACCCUGGAUGUUGAUGAAGCGGGAGUGGUAGAAUCGAGAACAUUGGUUUCUUCCCCGCAAUUAAACCCUCAAGUUAGUUACAUUCGUACUGUUUUUUUAUCAAUGCAGUGGGACUACUGCACUCUUCGUGUCUAG